GCUCGCCGCUGGGGCAGGCUCAGCAGCAGGUGGGCAGCCAGGCGCCGGCGGGACAGGUGCCAAGUCAGCCCAUGUCGCCUCGGCACCUGACGCAGGGCAACCCGGACCACGCGCACCAAAUGCCGGGUCACGCACUGCCUGUUAUCAACCAGAUGCAGCUUGGCCUUGGCCAGUCCCGCCCUGAGCUGAACCGCUCACACCCCGGCCUGAACCGCUCGCACCCCGGCCUGAACCACUCACACCCCGGCCUGGCCCAGUCCCACCCGGGUCUGAACCAGAGCCUGCCGGCGUUCGGGCCGCACCAGAACCUGGUGGUGGGCCACAUGCGGCAGGCGAGCGGGGGGCAGCCGCCGCUGGUGCACCCGUACCACCACCAGCCGUCGCCGGCCGGCCGGCUGGCCGAGCUGGGCUACACGGCCAGUCCACCGCUCACCAACCUCACCGAGCUCAGCUGCCAGCGCGCCGCCCUGCUGCACGAGAACGCGCUCGUCGACCUCUAUCAGCGGCUGCACGUACUCGAACUGCACCAGCUGGCCGCCGCACAGCAGGCGGUGCUAGCUUCGCGACCGCCGCAGCAGCCGCCGCCGCCGGCGGCGCCUGAGAAACAGGAGGACGAGCAGCUGUUCCAGCUGGAGUUCGCUGCGGAACAGUACCGCCGUCUGGUGGCCGGUGCCGAGCGUCUGCUGCGCGAGCUGGCCGGUCGCGGAGCGCUGGACGGCGAGCAGAGCGGCCGCGUCCAGCAGUGGAUGUGCCGCAAGCAGGAGACGGACGAGUGCCUGCGCGCGGAGCUGGCGCCCGACGAGGAGGAGGAGCUGCUGCGCCUGGGCGGCGGCGACGACGGCAGCGGCCAAGAGGAGGAGGGCCGGCGGCCGCCGUGA